GAGUUUUGAUGUACAUACACUAGUCAAGAUGAAACAUAUAUUAAUGUGCAAAACUGGAGAUAUUCUUAGCACUUUCUUCCUCCUUUGAUUCUCCUAUUUAAUACCAAAUGUUGGAAACCCAGCUCUUCAGUUACAUGUCUCAAGCCAACAUGGCUGUGAAUAUGGACAACAGUGUUGAGUAUGAAGAUUUUGACGAGGAUGAUGCUUUCUAUGCUGAGCUUAGAAGGCAGAUUUUGCUUUUGACAGAAGACGAUGAAAAUGAAUUCUCGACUAACUUGAAUUCAAUCUCAAUCGCUGCUCGAAAACGGGGCGUGAACGGAUCAAGGGCUGCUUUUGGUGUUGCAGCAGAACCAGGAAGUUAUUUCAGCUGGAGGGAGGAUGAGGCAGCUGAUAGUAAGUUGGUCCCAACUUGGCUUGUAAAUUUGUGGAGAAAUGGGAAUGGAACUGGAGUCUUCAUUCCUCAUGCUGUCAAAUAUUCCAGAAGUGGACACAGACCAGGAAGGAGAAACUAUGAAGCAUAAAAGAAUGUACAAACAGGUGUAGAACAAGAAAUCAUGAAUAGACUGUAUUAUAUAUAUAUAAAAUCAUCUCUUCCAAGGGUCCAAAGAUUUGGAGCUGGUUUUAUUGUAAACAUAAAAAAGCCAAUAAGAUCAGAG